CGCUGUCUGCGACUCGCUGAGGCUGGGCACACAUCGCUGUAAUACAAGGGACCCCCUAAGCUUACCCCCUGGCCGUGUAACCCUGACCCCAUGUGUUGAUGUCACGCUGUUCUUUUGGAGGUGUUGCCGUGACUCUCGUGUUGCCGUUGUCUCACAGACGUGCGCCGCGGUACCCUCUCUCGCCGCCGUGUCCUAGCGGUCAGUCCAAAUGUCCAGGACUAAAGCCGACGAGGAAGACUACUGGCACAGCUCCAAGUUCAAGGCUUUCACGUUCGAUGACGACGACGAUGAUGAACUGUCUCAGCUGAAGGAGUCCAAGCGCGCCGUCAACAGCCUGAAAGCCAUCGUGGAUGAGGAUGAUGAUGAUGGGGAGAAGUUUUCGUGGAGCGGUGAUCCGGUGGGAAGUAUAUCCUGGUCCGUUAGAGAGACGGCCUCGAACAUGCGCACGGGGGCCGAGACUCGAGAGCUUCCCCAGAAUAGAUCCCGAGCCGACGCUUCAUCCUUCGCCAGAUCUGGAUCUUCGCACAUACUGAGCAGCUUCUUCAAAGGGAAGUCCAGACCUGAGAGCCUUCAGUCGCUUUCUGAGGCGUUUCUUCAUACGAAUGUUAAGAGCUUCGCUCCAGAGCUACGCAAACCAAAGUCUGAGUAUCAGGAUUACAGCGGGGACUGGAGCAUCGAGGACAGCGUUCGGCGAAUGCAGAAGGGCAAGAACUGCUCCCUGGAGAGAUUCCGGUCCCUGAAAGAAAAACUGCAGCUUCUGGAUGUGGCGGUCAGACUGCACGAUGGCAACGUCAUCACUGCUGUUUUAAUAUUCCUGAAGAAAACCUUAAAAUCCGAGAUCCUGUUCCGGGAGCUGGAGCUCAGAGAAGUCGCCCUGAGACAUUUCAUCCACUUCUUGAGGGAGACGUCUGAGCACCAAAUCCUGAUGGAUCUGCUGAGGUUCCUGGAGCGCGCGGAGGAGCUGGCGCUUUGUAAAUAUAGAGAACAUCUGAAUAUCGGCAACGCGGACGAGCGCAGAGACUUCCUAAAAACCCACUGUAUCAGCCUCCCUUUCUCCCCAGAGGACGCCUCCCAUGUGCAGGACCAUUACACGUUACUGGAGAGACAGAUCAUCAUAGAGGCCAACGACCGGCACCUCGAGGCCGCCGGACAGGAGCAGAUGUUCCGCAAACACCCCAGGAAGGCAUCGCUGCUCUUCAUGCCGCUCGUUACCACUCUGUUCUACUGCUGCAUUUACCACUAUACGGAGGGCGAGGGUACGUUCAGCAGCCCCGCCAACCUCCGCAAAACAUUCAAGAUUCCAGAAAAGUUGUUCAUAUUGACAGCGCUGGCGGCCCGUGCGAAGCUUCACGCGUGGAGUGACGUGGACGCCCUCUUUACCACAAAGAAUUGGCUGGGUUACACCAAGAAACGGGCUCCUGUCGGCUUUCACCGGGUGGUGGAGAUCCUGCACAAGAAUGGAGCCCCAACUCAGGUUGUACAGGAUUACGUCCGGCUGGUGGAAGACAGCGAGACCAGACUAGCCCUGGGAAGCAAAUACAAGUGCCAUGACGUGGUGAUCGAUACGUACCGAGACCUGAAGGAGCGCCAGCAGCUGAUGGUUUAUCGCUGUAAAGUGGAGCGCGGAUCGCCCGAGGAGCACAAGAUCGACCUGAUCCUGAGCAACACGCAAAUCCGGUGGAAGAACUGACGGGCCGGAGCCGCUCGCUGCCGAUAAUAAAGAGCCGUUUCUAUCA